AUGAAAGGCCUUGUCACAAAGAAACAAAAAUUUAGCCAUGAGUCAAAAGAUAAUCUCCAUCAUUGUGGUGCUAUCUCCACAAGGUCUUUAGUACAGAAAAAGGCCGAUCCAGGAGCAUUUACCAUCUCGUGCACUGUUGGGUCCCUAAACUUUACAAAAGAAAUAUGCGAUUUGGGAGCCAAUAUAAACCUAAUGACACUUUCUGUGUAUAAGAAAUUAGGUUUGGGGGAUCCUACCCCGACGAACAUGAGAUUGGUGAUGGUAGAUAGGUCUGUAAAGCGGCCAGUGGGCAUAUUACAUGAUGUAUUGGUAAAGGUGGCCGACUUUAUAUUGCCUGCUGAUUUUAUAUUCCUAGACUGUGAGGUGGACUUUGAAGUGCCAAUCAUCCUAGGUAUACCAUUCCUUGCAACUAGGAGAGAGAUAGUGGACAUGAAACUGCAUGAGCUGAAGUUCAGAUUCAACGACAAUAAAGCAAGAUUCAAAAUACACUCAUCCAUGAGGCAGAAAAAAAAGAUCAGUGUUCUCUCAAUCGUGGAUGUAUUAUAUGGAGAUGGUAAAGAGGUAUUAACAGGUUGUCUUGGCAAAGUCUGA